AUGCGGUCUUGUCUCGUAGGCAGCGCCUUCGCUGGUGCGGCUCUCGCCCAGGGUGCCGCCUGGGCCCAGUGCGGUGGAAAUGGAUACUCGGGUGCAACUACGUGCGUGUCUGGUUACGCCUGCAAGUACGUCAAUGAUUACUACAGCCAAUGUCAACCUGGCACGGCUGCGACCACGGCUGCGACCACGACACUGGCCACGAGCACACGGGCGACGACCACGGCGCCAUCUGCCACGGUGACCUCAUCGGCUGGAAAGCUGAAGUGGUUCGGUAUCAAUCAGUCGGUUGCCGAGUUCGGCUCCAACUCGUACCCUGGAACAUGGGGCAAGGACUUUUACUUCCCUUCCACGGAGGCCAUUGGUACUCUAAUCAGUGAGGGCUUUAACAUCUUCCGCGUGGCCUUCUCCAUGGAGCGCCUUGUGCCGGAUAAGCUGACUAACGCGGCGGCCGACGCCUACCUCCGCAACCUGACGGCGACGGUCAACUACAUCACGGAGAACGGGGCGCAGGCGAUCCUGGACCCGCAUAACUUCGGGCGGUACUAUGGCAACAUCAUCACCGACGUCGACGGGUUCGGCGCCUUCUGGAAGACGGUGGCGACGGCCUUCAAGAGCAACGCCAACGUCAUCUUCGACACCAACAACGAGUACCACGACAUGGACCAGACGCUGGUGCUGAACCUCAACCAGGCGGCCAUCGACGCGAUCCGGGGCGCCGGCGCAACGACGCAGUACAUCUUCGCCGAGGGCAACUCGUACUCAGGCGCCUGGACGUGGAACACGACCAACGGCAACCUGGCGGCGCUGACGGACCCGCAGGGCAAGCUGGUCUACGAGAUGCACCAGUACCUGGACUCGGACGGGUCGGGCACGUCCGAGAACUGCGUGUCGACCGAGAUCGGGGUGCAGCGCGUCGUGGGCGCCACCGAGUGGCUGCGCGAGAACGGCAAGCAGGGCAUCAUCGGCGAGUUCGCCGGCGGCGCCAACGCCCAGUGCCAGACGGCCAUCGAGGGCCUGAUCGCCCACCUCGAGGCCAACAGCGACGUGUGGCAGGGCGCCUUGUGGUGGGCUGGCGGUCCGUGGUGGGGCGACUACAUCUACAGCUUCGAGCCCCCGAGCGGCACGGCGUACAAGUACUACGACUCGCUUCUGAAGGCUCACGCCCCAUGA